CGGGAGAACGCGCUGCCGGGGCUGUGUUGAGUGUGCUGCUCGGCGGGCAUCUCCGAGCCUGGUGGGCAUAGAUGUCUUCCACGGGCUGUGCUUGUAACCCCAGCAGCUUCCCCAUUGGGCCUGAGCCCAGCUGGCUGGCUCUGGGGGCUCCUGGCCCAAGGGCAAGUGGCCCUGCUACUUUGUGGGUGAGGAAGAGCUCACAAGCCUGCAAGGACAUUUCUCUGGACAGAUGACUGCCACACCGUGCACCAGAUCUGGUUUGAAUUCACUUUUCUUGAAGAGGCUGACCAGUGCUAUGGGCAGAAUUCCAGAAAUGGAGAAACUGGUUGCUUGUCCAUACAAAAGGCCAAAUGCUCUCUGUAGGUUGAUUUGCUUUCCGUGGGCUGGGAGUGGAACUUCUCAACUUGCUCGAUGGGGCAAACUCUUCAGCAGCUCAACUGAAGUGUCCUGUGUAAGACUUCCUGGAAGAGAAUCUCGUCUUAAGGAGCCUUUUCCAAAAGACAUGACAACCGUAGUUAAUGAAAUUACAAGUGUUUUGUUAAAAGAAUUGCAGGAAAAACCAUUUGCAUUUUUUGGUCACAGUUUUGGAUCUUACAUUAGUUUUGCAGUUGCGCUACACUUGAAAGAAAAGUACGGACUAGAGCCAAUCCAUCUUUUUAUAUCAGCGGGACAUGCCCCAAAUUCUGAAGAAUUUCUUCACAUAAAAAGCACACCCAUAUGUGAUGUAAAAGAUGAAGACAUUCUUACAUAUAUACAGUUUUUAGGAGGAACUUCUCCUGAGCUUAUGCAAAAUGAAGACAUUAGGAAUCAUCUGAUACAUACUUUCAGAGAAGAUAUUAGAGUUCUUCAGACAUUUUCUUUUGAGACAGCAGAAAGGAAGAUUCCCUUCUCUUGUGAUAUCACCUGCUUUAAUGGGUCUGAAGAUAAUCCACAUGAUUCAAAAGCCUGGCAUGACCUAACAAGCGGAGACAUUUCUUUUUACAAGCUUCCUGGAGGUCACUUCUAUCUGCUGGAACCCUCUAAUGAAAUUUUCUUGACAAAACACAUAACAAAAUGUAUAGAAAAUGCUGGCCCAUAAGUUAUUUCCCUCUAUUUUAAUGACAGGAGCUGUAAAAUUAGUCCACAGCACUUCAUAAUAUGUCACUCUCUCUGUAGAAUUUCAUGCAGUUAUGCAUAAGAGUUGUUCUGUUCCUCAAGAACUUAGCUGUAAUCCUUCAAAAGGAGGAGUUUUUCUGAUUUUUUUUAAAACUAAACAUUGGCUUUGGGUCUUAAAAACUAAAAAAAAAAGUUUUCUCUUUCCCCUCUUCUCAUCUUGCGUUUGCACAAACCCUUCACUUCCUAUGGAACAAAGAAACCUCAUUUGCAAAAAAUACUUCUAGAGCUUCUCUGUUUAUGUGCUCUUGUAAAAACGCUAAAUAGAAUGUAAUACUCACAGAAACCCACAGUUCUUACAGAAAGCUUCAUUUAUUAGGUUCAAAUUUAUUUAGAGUAAGAUACAAUCUAAAAAUAGAGUACGUACGUAAAUACGCCUUACAAUCAAACAGCUUAUGCUUAAAAAAUUUUUACGUCAGACUACACAAUAAGGAGUUAGUAUUGCAUUUUUCUCAACAGACUUAGUUCAUUAGCUACUGCAGAGUUAGGUAUUAUUGGGAAUUAUUUUGAGUAUUCUAGAUCCCAUAUUUUUCUACCAAUGCGUUUGCUUUAGAGAUAUAGGCCUUCAUGGCGUCCUCUUUUGAUAAACCUGUAAAAGUAAAGUAGGAGUCAUUACCUUUCCUCAUUUUUCAUCCUCUAAACAUGACUACAUCAUGUAAAUUUAAUUGGUGCGACACCUUUUUUCAGGUUCCACGCUUCCCAUUUGGCUUUGCCUUUCAAAUCCAGCAUUCCUGGACAUUCUGCCAAAAUAAAUGCAUACCUUUGACUAUCAUGCAGAUUUACAUAACAUUUGAUUUCAUCAAGAUAUGGGAGUAAGUGUGAAUUAUAUACAGGAAAUAGGAAUACCAAUAUUAAUAUCUCCAAUAGUAGCCUGUUUGUACAAUCCAUAUAGUUCCUUCAGUUCUUCAUCAGUUGGUGUUGUUUUUAGUUUUCUUACAUCUCCUGCAGCAUGAUCAAAGUCAGCCUGAUGAAAGAAAAAACAAAAGUGUUGGUUUUCCUCUCAAGGGGUAUGCUUAAAACUAAGUAUAGCACACACAGUAGUAUCAUUGGAUAUUCUUUAAUACUCACUUGGAUUUAGUGGGAAGUCUAGACAUUUUCCUAUUAAUGAAGCUUAGUAAAACCGUAAGUUAUUAGAAAGAAAACUAGGCCUACUUAGCUGACAGGGUCAGCACUGCUAAAAUAAAUAAACUUCUUUUUUUCCAAUGGUUUUACAUCUAAACACUUGGAACCAUUACAGACUGUCGGUUGUCAGGAUAGCUACAGAUAUAUUUGUACAAGCACCCUAUGCAAUGGCUGUAAGUGUAUAUGUCUUUCACAGUCAUGAUGGAGUUAUAAGGUGUUCACUGAACUUCACCCCCCAGCAGUAAUCUCUGAAUCCUUCUGGCCCUGAGUGCAAGGUGUGACUGGGGUGGAGCUGGAACACCCUGAGGGGCUCUGCCCAUCUCCCCCUUCAUUGCCCCUUCUCUGCUGACAGUGCAGGAGGUGACCUGCACUUGGCACAGAUGUACCCCACGGAGAUGGGCAGCGCAACUGCCAGCGUGACCUGCAACACCCAUCUCUCAAACACAGCAGAGCACAAGAGUGAAGGAAAAAUGUACUCCGUUCAUCAUCAUGCAUCCCACGCUCAUAUCAACAACGCAAGGCAAUAGCUGUUACUCUCUCUAUAUACUAGGUCUUGGGCUAGACUUUAGCAUCAAGUUUGGAGUCCUGGUUCAUGCCCAGGACAUUUCAGAGAGACAUUUCGUAUAAGUGACCACAGACCUGCCAGGUUACUGCACUACUGUAAUUCAGAACAGAAGCAGGCACUUUAACGUGCUAUAUGCAGGUUUCAAUCAUUAUUUUAGCUUUUGAGUUGGACCUGCAUUUGUAGAAGCACAGUAUAUCCUGCAAGAUGUGCUAUUACAUGUAUAUUUAAUAUGUACAAAACCAGCCUACAACUUUGUGCUAAAAUCAGUGACCUAUUCAACAAUGGUUUCACCAUGAGUGCUGUGACUCUGUUUAGAUAACUGAGAACUUGGCAUCACCUCAGCAGUCUGUACUGUGCUUCUUUAGACCACUUUUUCCUUCCUCUAGCUACAGGAAACAUUUUUACUUCUUUUAAAUAAGGAAACCUAAUACACACUUGUCUCCACAAUUGAUGCCUUUCUCCUUGGCAAAUGACUGCUGGGUGGCACAGGUGACAGAAACAGCAAGUACGCAGAGCUGGCUUCACUAUAACAUUCUCUAAGUACAAGAGAAAGGUUAUUCCUGUAUUUAAAUUCGAGGAGGAAAAAUGAAAAAUAAUUGAAUUAGAGACUGAUGCUCAAGUAUCUCUCUUCAAAGAAAGGCCCCUCCAUGGAAUCACAAAACUACACAUUCAUUGAUGCUCAGGACCCAUCAGCCGGUGGCUGCGUUAAAGCAGCAUGUGGACAAGGGUGAGGAGGGGCAGCUGAGUGUGCUGCAGCCUUCUGCACACACCUGGCCACCCCCCCACCAAACCAGGCACCUCUGCCUCCCAAAAUGAAUUAACUGUUUUCUUUUUUGGCCUGGAAAUUUAGUUUGGCUAGUAAGUAAAGCUCCCAGAUACAAACUUCUGAGGAAUUUCUCAGUUUUUGGCAAAAUUCUCAAUUGCUAUUUGAAACCCACAAAGAGAAAGCACAAGUCUUCUAAGAACAGAAGUGCUCACCACAGGAGCACGUACGUCGGUAACACCAGAGCUGAAACAAGGAGCAGCAGGCAGAUAGGUAUAUUUAAAAGGGAUAUUUAAAAAAAUCCCCAUGGUGUACGAUUAAAAGGGUGUGCUAGCAAAGGAAUGCUCCCUGAAAAACAGCGAUUAAAACCAGAUCUUGAAUCUUAUUUAAACUGCAAUUAUAAAUUCACAGAACAUUAGAUGAGAAGGGUUCAUGAUGAUAAUCCACAUCUCUAGUUCUGACAGUUUAUAGCACCAUUAAAAUGCAAUGGAAGGCAAGAUCUUCAGACAAACAUCUUGCAGCAAUGUAGGUGCUUAUUAACAAAUAAUCUUCCAAUUCAGCAAGAACCUCAAUGUGUGCAUAACUGAAAGCAGAAGUUCCCAGAUGAUUCCCAUCAAGGCCUCCCAGAACCAAACAGCCAGUGGUCUUUAAAACAGUCUUUAGCAGUUUUAGCUUUGAGAAACACUGCUGUUAUGUGGAGAUAUAUUGACUAUGAUGCUCUUUAAUUCUUUAUUUGGCACAAUGCUGAGAAUUAGCCAGAUUCCAAGUGCCGUUUUGUCCACUUAAUGCUCUGGAACUUGGUAAUUCAGUACACUAUAUGAUUGGCAGAGUUACCACAUUAAAUUCUAAAUCAAAUGUCUUCCAAAUUAUAUUCUUAAAUCUAAAGCUUUAUAGACCAAAACCAUGUAAUUAUGCAGUUUGCUCCUGUUUUAGUAAAAAUGAUUCUCAAUGUUAAUAAAACGCAACUACACCAUAGAAUCAUGGAAAAACAUGAAGGUUUACAUCCAACUUUUUAUGUCCAAUUUUUUUUUUUAAGAACAAUGAAACACUGUGGGGUUUGUUUUGUUUUACCAAACAAUUAUUUGGGAGCACUGCAAGAUGAAUACAGGAUUUUUCUAGAAUUAAAAAACAAAAAACCCAGAGUAUGUUAUAUGUAAUUUAGAUAAACCAAAAUCCAGAUUACAUAUAAAAGCUGACUCAGUAAUGUUGAAAUGACCUUACAGCAUCUCUUCUCAGCAUUUUUGUUUGUUUCCGUGUACUCUAUUGUUUACUUAAAAAAUAAUCAGCAUUCUAACAGGUAUUAAACUGAUCAUGAAAACUAUUUUAAUUGAAGUAACUGGAUUUAGUCGGCUUAGAUCAGAAUUAAAAAUGGAUUAUUUGGACAACAGAAGCUUUGCUUUUUUUGUUCUGUAUAAAGAAAACAAAUUUUUUUUCCUACAAAGUUUAAUGUCAGAAAUAUGAAACCUGAUUAUUUGUUUUCCUGAAAGACUAGAAAAUUGGAGUACAAGCUUUCUCACCUCAGCUGAAGGAGUAAAUUGUUAAACAUUUCAUAAAGUGUCUUCUGUCCCAAUUCAUCAAAGAGUUUAAGUAACAUUUGAGGGUUUUGUUUGGCUCUGUUUUAAAUGGAAACUAAAAUCCUCACUCUGAGUGGCAGCUAAACUGAGUUUAAAAAAAAAAAAAAGUGGUCUACAUGAUAACAAGUCCUGAACUUGCAGGCAGAAUUUGCAGUAAUACACAAUUACUGCACAAAUUACAUACAUGCUAUAUAAGCAGAACCUGUUCUUUACACUGAAGAGAAAUUCAGCUAUUCUGACACUUUGCAGCUCUCAGAGUCAAUACUGCUUUUCUUCUCUGUUUGCAGAACCCAAGUGCUCCUGACUAGGGCUCCCACAUAUUUUAAUGAUACAGGCAGUCAUAGUUGCCAAAUGUGCCCCUUAGAAGCCCGACAAAGUAAAAAUUCCACAAGUGGUACGCUACAAACAGUCACACUGGUAUAAAUAAAUAAAUCUUGGGAAGUCUAUGGAGGGUACCACUUAAAAAAGUGGCCCUAUUAGCAGCUUAAUGAUUUAAAUUAAUAAUAAUAAAAGCAAACUUUUCCCAAGAAACACUUCAAGCAUCAUUAAAGCAUCUAGUUGUUAGCAACUAGUUAAACUGAAGGAUUUCCUCUGUUCUUUCCAUGACUGUACCUUACCUCUCAUCCCAUUUUGCUUAUUCAUGGGAGGGACCCUACCACAGGAAAGAAGCUCAAGAAAAGAACACGACACUUAAUAGCAAACACUUUUCAGGGCUGUAUGAGGGUUAGGAGGGAGGGAUGCACGAGCAUGCACAGAGCCCUCUGUCUUCGCAGUGACCUUUUUGUGAAGUUCUGCUAAUAUUGAGAGGCCUUUUCUCACCUGUAUAGGGUGGCAGUUUGUAGCCUGAAAGCAAGGGUGCGUCCCCCACCACCACAAACCAAACUUUUGGAAAUGCUCUUAAAGGAAUAAGCUGUCCGGAGCAGGGGUUGUAUCUUCUGACAGGUCUGAACAACAAACAUUUCUGGCAAUUUAGCUAAAGAAAAUAAUUUCAAUUUGAUUUAAUAUUUUAAAUUAGCAAUAGUGACAUUAAUAUUGAUGUAGACUCAGCACUUACAAAAAACUUCAUAUAUGUAUAUUCAUGCCAUCUUGCUGGUGGUGAAAUAUCUCAAUGUAUAGGUCAGGAGACACAGUUCUAUUUGCCACAAAGUGCAAGUCAAUUUUUUUUCUUCUAAAACUCUUUUAAAUUGUGGAUGUUAAAAGGAAAUAGUUAAAUAUACAAACACUUUAUGAACAUAAUUAUACAAGAAUGAAAAUCUUUAUAUUCCAGGUGAAAUCAGUAAAUGAUAAAUCUUUCGAAAUCAUUUGUGAGCUGGCCAAGCUUUCAUGAUGGACCCAGUAAUACAAUCUGAUCUCUAAAGAGUUCCUGCUGCAAAAUCUUUGUAUCCGUGGCUGGACUGCCACGACUGCAAUAGCUGUGACUACAGACAGGGUAACUGUACCUGAAUUCCUACAACCACCUGAAACGCUUCAGGAAGUUCAAGUGUUAAAUUAAGUUUUAAUUUUUCACCAAAAAUUGCCAAGGACCAGUAAGUAAAGAUCGCUAUCCUGCCUUUUGGUAGUGUCCUGCUUUCAGCUGGGCUAGAGUUAAUUUUCUUCCUAGUAGCUGGUAUAGUGCUGCGUUUUGGGUUUAAAGUAAGUUGCUAGCACACUGAUGUUUUAGUUGUUAUUAAGCAGACAAGGACUUUUCAGCUUCUCACACUGUGCCGGGUGCACAGGAAGCUGGGAGGGGGCACAGCCAGGACAGCUGACCCCAACUGGCCAGAGUGAUAUUCUGUAUCCCAUGACAUCCCGCUCAGCCUGUAUUUUGGGGGAAGCUGGCCAGGGGAACUGCUCGGGGACAGGCUGAGCAUGGAUUAGCGGAUGGUGAGCAAUUGUUUUGUGCAUCACUAAUUUUCUAUAUUCUUUUAUCGUUGUUAUUAUUAUUGGUUUCUCUUCCUUUUCUGUCCUAUUAAACUGUCAUUAUCUCAA